AUGGCAAAAAAGAAGUCUAAGAGCAGAUCCAAGAGUUCCAGAAGAGUUCUAGAUGCUUUACAGCUUGCUGAGAGGGAGAUUAAUGGCGAAUUCGACGACAACAGCGACAAUGACAGAAGACAAGAUGCUCGUCGUAAUGGUACAGUCGUCAACCUGUUGAAAAGGUCAAAAGGUAGCACUGACAGUGGUGAAGAUGAUAUUGACUCUGAGUCAUUUGAAGACGAAGAGUUGGACUCUGAUGAAGCGUUGGGCUCUGAUGACGACUAUGACAUUUUGAACUCUAAAUUUUCACAAACUAUUCGUGAUAAGAAGAAGGAAAAUGCAGACUACGAAGAAGAAGAGGAUGAAGGUGGGUAUACUUCCAUUGAUGAAGAAGACUUGAUGCCAUUGUCUCAAGUAUGGGACAUGGACGGCAAAACCGCGCAAGGCAACGGUAAUGAUGAUGAAGACGCUUCUCUACAAUUAAAGUUGCAAGAUACAGAUGCCAGUUCUGGAUCAAGCAGUUCAGAAGAAAGUGAAUCUGAAUCUGAAGACGAUGAGGAGGAGGAAGAUCCCUUUGACGAAAUUUCAGAAGAUGAAGAAGAUAUCGAAUUGAACACAAUUACUUCAAAACUCAUUGAUGAAACCAAAAGUAAAGUUCCAAAAAGACUAGAUACGUACGGUUCAGGUGAGGCUAAUGAGUAUGUUCUGCCUUCUGCAAAUGCAGCCAGCGGAACUUCUGGGAAGUUGAGUUUGGCAGAUAUGAUGAACGUUAUUGAUGACAGGCAAGUUACCGAAAACGCCAACUUGCUCAAGGGCAAGUCCUCAACGUACGAGGUUCCGUUACCGCAACGUAUUCAACAAAGACACGAUCGUAAGGCAGCAUAUGAGAUAUCUAAGCAAGAAAUAAGUAAAUGGAAUGAUAUCGUUCAACAAAACAGAAGGGCCGACCAUUUAGUCUUCCCACUGAAUAAACCUACCGAACAUAAUCAUGCCUCGGCUUUCACUAGAACUCAAGAAGUCGCCCAAACAGAGUUACAGGAGAAAGUAGAUCAAGUUCUACAAGAGAGUAACUUGGUGAACCCAGAAAAGGAUUCUAGAUUUGAAGAAUUAAGCACUGCGAAAAUGACAUCGGAGGAAAUGAGAAAGAGAACUACUGAAAUGAGACUGAUGAGAGAGUUAAUGUUCAGAGAAGAAAGAAAAGCUAGAAGAUUAAAGAAAAUAAAAUCUAAGACAUACCGUAAGAUCAAGAAAAAGGAAUUAAUGAAGAAUAGAGAACUAGCUGCUGUUUCUAGUGACGAAGACAACGAAGAUCAUGAUAUUGCUAGGGCUAAGGAAAGAAUGACCCUGAAACACAAGACUAAUUCUAAGUGGGCUAAAGAUAUGAUCAAGCAUGGUAUGACAAACGAUGCUGAAACCAGGGAAGAAAUGGAAGAAAUGCUAAGGCAGGGUGAACGUUUAAAGGCAAAAAUGCUAGACAGAAAUUCUGAUGACGAAAACGAUGGUCGUGUGCAAACGUUAAGUGACGUUGAAGAUGAGAAGGAAAAUGGAGACUCUGAAGCAUUGAAGAGUAAUUUGGGUAAAACUGGCGUGAUGAACAUGGCCUUUAUGAAGAAUGCUGAAGCUAGAGAGAGAGGGGCAAACGAAGAAACUUUACGUAAAUUAAGAGCUGUCGAAAAUGGUGAUGAUAUUAAGCUCUUUGAAAGUGAUGAAGAAGAGACGAAUGGAGAGAAUAUUCAAUUGAAUAAGGGCAGAAGAAUAUAUACACCGGGUACUUUGGAAUCCAAUAAAGAGAUGAGUGAACUAAAUUCCCAUACUCGAAAAGAGCAUGAAUUUGAUGAAUCAAGGAGUCUGGAAAAUCGAUUAAAAACCAAGAAUGGUAGCCAAUCGAAAAAUGUAAUGACCAACAGAGAAGGCGCAAUAAUUGUAGAGGAAACAAGUGAUAAUGAACCCUCCCAAGACAGUCGGAAAUCUCAACAUGAUGAAGAAGCAAAAAAUAUUAACCCUUGGUUAGCUAAUGAAAGUGAUGAAGAAAACACCAGUAAGAAACAAUCUUCUAAAGUUAACAUUGUUGAUAAAGAUAGUUCCAAAAAUGUUAAGGCCAUGAACAAAAUGAACAAAGCAGAACUAAAGCAAAAGGCAAAGAAGAAAAAAUGUAAAUCAAACGACGAUGAGGAUCUCCUGUUGACAGCGGAUGAUUCCACAAGAUUAAUGAUAGUGGAUCCAUAUGGUGGUUCUGAUAACGAACAAGGAGGCAAUGAAUUUAUGUUCAAGCAGCAAGACGUUAUUGCUGAAGCCUUUGCUGGCGACAACGUUGUCGCAGAAUUCCAGGAGGAAAAGAAAAGGGUCAUUGAUGAUGAAGAUGAUAAAGAAGUUGAUACAACUUUACCUGGUUGGGGUGAAUGGGCCGGUGCAGGUUCUAAACCAAAAAAUAAGAAGCGUAAAUUCAUCAAAAAGGUUAAAGGUGUUGUUAAGAAAGACAAAAGAAAGGAUAAGAAUCUACAAAAUGUGAUCAUAAAUGAAAAGGUUAACAAGAAAAACUUGAAAUACCAAUCUUCUGCAGUACCAUUCCCAUUCGAAAAUAGAGAACAAUAUGAAAGAUCUCUACGUAUGCCGAUAGGCCAAGAAUGGACAUCUAGAGCAUCUCAUCAAGAACUCAUUAAACCGAGAAUCAUGACUAAGCCAGGCCAAGUCAUUGAUCCGCUGAAGGCACCAUUUAAAUAA